AUGGAUCCAAAAGGCACACAGCAAGCAGCAAAUGCCCCCCCUCAGCAGCCGACUCCCGCGGGAAACUCGGGUAUUCUCUCGAGCUCACACCAGGUAGCCGUUGGUGUUAAGUCACAGGAUACUCCGGCGCUCAAAGAAGGGUCUAGUUCACCUCUAAGCGCAGAGUCUAACAACUCAAAUGCAACGGAUACCGCAUAUCAAUUCUAUGAAGCUCAACAUGGAUCCCAAAGUCAAGAGACUUACCCAGAGCCACACGUCGAUGAAUCAGCUGGACAAGUCAAUGAAAUGAGCGAUCAGCCAGCAAAUUCAAAUGUCCAGAACAGAGAUGAUGUAGUACUGCCAGACGACAACUAUUCUCCAUCUUCAUUACAUGUUGACUCCGAAAUGAGCGAUUCUGAUUCAGCCAUCGGAUCUGAUAUCCAGUCCUCUACCAUGUCACUGCGAUCAAGCAUAUAUGAAACGAUAAUGGAAAAUGGCAGGAGUUAUCACAAAUAUAAAGCAGGGCAAUACUAUUUACCCAAUGAUGACGUGGAACAAGAGCGGCUGAACCUCCAACAUCAUUUGUGGACCCUCACACUCGAUGGACGUCUUCACAUCGCACCUACCGAUAACCCUCACCGAGUACUUGACAUCGGGACCGGAACUGGCUCAUGGGCAUUGGAAUAUGCUGAGAGGAAUCCUGCGGCUACCGUCAUUGGAGCCGGUAACUCCUAUUCACAUCUCACCUUUCCAAAUAUCACUGACCAAAAACAUUAGAUCUAAGUCCAAUACAACCGGAAUACGUCCCGCCAAAUUGUCAAUUUGAGAUUGACGACGCAGAAGAUGAGUGGACUUAUUCCGCACCAUUCGACUUCAUUCACGGUCGCAUGCUCUUCACAUGUUUCCAGAACCCGGCUCAAGUUUUCAAACGCGCUUACGAUGCUCUCUCGCCAGGCGGCUACUUUGAAAUUCAAGACAUAGUCUUUGACCUCAUGUCCAUUGACGGCACCGCUGACGGAACUGCUAUCCAAGCGUGGAAUCGCAAAGUUGUUAGUGGAGCCGCGAAGAUCGGUCGUGACUGGACUUGUACUCUCAAAUACGCUCAAUUCAUGAGGGAAGCGGGAUUUGAAGGUGUGACGGAACGAAAUGCAAAGUGGCCCAGUAAUACUUGGCCGAAGGGGAAGACGCAAAAGUUGAUGGGGAUGUGGAGUAUGGCAAAUUUUUUGGAGGGGCUCCCGAGUAUCAGCAUGGCUAUUAUGACGAGGGCGCAUGGGAUGUCGAGGGAAGAGGUUGAGGUGGGAAUGGUGGAGGUCAGGAAUAAUAUCAAGGAUAAGAAUAUUCAUGGCUAUGUUCCUGUGUGAGUUUUUUUUCCUUCUUUCUCUUUUUCCUUUCGAUUUUCGAUUCAUUAGUGGAUGCUAAUUCGUUUUGGGAAUAGGGUUGUCGUGUAUGGUCGGAAACCGUAUGGGGCAGAGACUAGGGGAAUGAGUAUGUAG